CGUAAUUGCUUAGCAACCGGUUAAUAUUACCAUCCAAGAUGGCGGACGAGCAACAAGAAGCUUCUCUUGUCUUUAUUCCAUGAAUUCUUUGCAGAUAACGUCCGUUAAUAAAUAGAUAUAGAAAAGACUUCGACAUUUGUUUUUACCAUUACAAGAAGUGUGAACAUGCAGUCCAGGGCUCGUUUGCUUCUUGAAAAGGAACAGUUUAAAAUGAAGAAAGAUCCAGUAUGGGGAAUAACAGCACAGCCUCUUAACGAAGAUGACUGGUUCACAUGGGAAGCAACUGUUAAAGGACCAAAAGAUACUCUAUGGGAAGGUGGAAUAUUCAAGCUAUAUUUACAAUUUAAUGAAAACUACAAUUGUAUUCCUCCAAAGAUAUAUUUCCAYACUGUGCCUUUCCAUCCUAAUGUCGAUCCAGUGUCAGGGAUCCCAUGUAUAGAUUUCCUGGACAAUCAAGAGGAAUGGAAGGAAUAUUACUCCAUUAACUACAUGCUACUAAGUAUACAAAUGAUGUUGUCCAACCCAAUCCUGGACUACUCUGUGAAUGUAGAAGCUGCCAAAAUGUGUCACAUUGCUCCUAGUGCUUACAAGCAGAUGAUACUGGAAAAUGUUCUGGCCAGUAAAAGAGUUGAUGCUGGCUUGAAGCCACAUUUGGAGAAUGAAAUUGAAGUGACAAAACCUGAGAAACAAGAACAACCGGCUAAAAACACGGAGCAAAGUAAUAAACGACUUCAGAUUGCCAAGAUAUCAUUCGAUGAUUAUCAUUCUCUUUGGAGUGGUAUAGCAACCACUAGACCUGUACCAAGCUCUAAGAACCCACUCAAUGAAAUGUUGAAAUCUGAUUCAAAGCUACAAGCAGCUCACUUUGGAAUGGAGCAGGAAGAAUUACAAGAGGAAAUAAAAAAACAAAUAGCUGAGCAUAAUUCACUCACGUAUGGAAAAUUUGAUCAAAGCACCGAAAAAGCAAAGGAUUUAGAGGAGUUAAAAGCUACUAGAAUCAAUAUGCUCAAGCAAAUUUAUCUUCCAAAACACCAAGGUCAAGAUAAAUCUACUCAAUCUCUUGAGCCUUCAUCUGCAUCAUUAUCAGCAUCAAUACCAAAAGAGAUCGAGCCCUCAGAACAGGAGGUACAAGACUUAUUAAACUGGUCUAGUAACCUUGGCAACAAUGAUGUAGCAUUCUCAUGAAGWUAUGUGAUGAGAUGUUCAGGUUACCAUGGCGAUAAUAUUAUUAUGGGACAUAGUAACACCUUAUAAUCAUGAUGAUAACCAUAGCAACAAGUACUGUACAUUACAUUUGUGGAGUUCCCAUCAUUGGUUAGGUAACAUCAAAGACCCAACGAUCCUCAUACAUUAAAAUGGGUCAUAACUUUGUAUUUUGAAAUAUACUGUAUAUAGGUUUUAUUACUGUAGAUAUAUGUGUAAAUACUUUAAAUAAAGCCAUCAUUUAAUAGUGUCUUUCAGUAAUGUCAAGACUCCAUUUGAGCAUCAUGUCAUAUCUUUAGUAUGAAACGUAUAAGCUGCCAGUUUCCUCUGAUUUAUAGAACUCCUGGCUCCAUAUUAUGAUGGUUAGUAUAUGCUAUCUUUUUGUAUAGCUGCCCAGUGGGUUGUCGUAACUAUUAUCAUGGAGGGUUUGUAUAGGUUGUUAUCAGUAUAUARGUGUUGAACCAGUGUGUAAUGUGUCAUUGGUGUAUGUAUAAUCAGCUAUGAUGAAGGUUUUGUAGAGGUUGUAAUCAGUAUAUGUGUGUCAUAUUAGUGUGUAAAUCUGUGCUCAUGUAUCGACAGUGUAUGGUGGGUCAUUAGUAUAUGCUGAAGAAUGGUCAGUAUUCCAGUGCACAUCAUCGUACAUCUUCUCUAGYAGAGUUCUCAACAUGCUGGCAUGAUCUCUGUCUCUUACUUCAGCCACAACUUUACACUAGAAAUUUAACAGUAUAUAAUAGCAAAUUUAAAUUCAGGUAUAUAUAAUUAUUAUUGAUCAUAAAUCCUAUAAAUAAACAAGCAUGCAUCAAUAGUUAUAGACAGAAUAAGUGUACAUUGGUGUUUGUGGGGGUGGGGUGGGUAAGGGCAUGUUGACCCACAGCCUAAAUGUUAUUUACCUGUACUUURAAGGCACUACUUUUCAACCAAGCUCUCUCGUGAAACAUGUCUUUAAUGCUAAGAUUUAAGGAAAUAAUGCAAAAUAAAAAUAGGACAUAACAAUG